AUGACCCACGAGGCUGCAGCCGAAAGUACAACACAUCGGCCUCACCGCUCAACACAUGCCCACCAAACACACUCUCAUGGAACGCAUCCCACACACGAGGCGUCAGUUGGAGAGUUCUUCGCAUUCUUUUACGACUACCACACGCAUAUUUUGUUAGUAAGAUCUGCACAUACGUGUUACCUAUAUAAAACAAGUCCACAGGAACAGAUAGAUGUUCAUUCGUCACAUGGACUUCAUACAGUCGAGAAAAAUGUCAUCGAUAUCAUCGACUCAAACCCCACUAUGGUCUCCACAACACACGAUGCUCUGGUGGCCAUGAAUGCAAGACUUGGACAGCUCUGUAAUGUGAAGCACUACACCCAUAUUUAUCAGAUUAACUAAUUUGCUACA